CUCUCUCUCUCUACUAUCCCUUUGUGCUCUCUUUACAUGGAGUGGAUUAGAGGGCCAAUCAUAGGGUGCGGCUCCACCGCCACCGUAUCUCUGGCCACUGUCGUCCAGUCGGGCGAGCUCUUUGCGGUCAAGUCCACCGAGCUCUCUCGCUCCACGUUCUUGCAGAGAGAACAGCGUUUUCUCUCUCAACUAAGCUGUCCUCACAUAGUUAAGUACAAGGGCUUUGAUAUUUCAUACGAUGGUAACAAGCCUAUGUACAAUCUUUGCAUGGAGUACGUACCUGGUGGCACGCUUUCCGAUGCAAUUCAAAGGCACCUAGGCGGCCGGCUAGACGAGGCUUUGAUCAGAGCGUACACUAAGCAAAUUUUGCAAGGCUUGGAAUAUCUUCAUGCAUUCGGGUUGGUACAUUGUGAUAUAAAGAGCCAGAACAUCCUGAUAGGCAAAGACGCUUCCAAAAUUGCUGACUUGGGCUGCGCUAAAUUGGUCGGAAACGUUGCUGGCAAUGGAGAUCCUGCCAUCUCACCAAUUUGCGGUACACCAAUGUUCAUGGCCCCGGAAGUGGCGCGAGGAGAAGAGCAGGGCUUUCCAGCUGACAUAUGGGCUCUUGGAUGCAUGAUCAUUGAAAUGGCUACUGGUAGUACCCCUUGGCCGGAGAUGAAUGACCCGGUGUCAGCUCUCUACAGGAUUGGAUUUUCCGAUGAUGUGCCGGAGCUUCCAAGGUGUUUUUCAGAGAAUGCAAAGGACUUUUUGACCAAGUGUUUGAGGAGAGAUCCAAGGGAGCGAUGGACAGCUGAGGGGCUUCUUGGGCAUCCAUUUCUUACAGAAAUCGAUUCUCAUACUAUGGAAGCUAAGCAGUUCACUGCGGUAUCUCCGAGUAGUGUAUUGGAACAUGGUUUUUGGGAUUCAUUGGAAGUAUUGGAAUGUCCAAGGAAUCAGUCCCAUGAAGGUACUUCGUCCAAUUCUCCAGCUGAAAGGAUCAAGGGGUUGAUUGGAGGGACAGUGCCAUCAGUUUCAUGUGUGCCCAACUGGAGUUGGGAUGAAGAUUGGGUCACGGUGAGAAGCAACGGCAUAGAGGAAAAUGAGAAGUUCUCAGCCCAAUUGGACAUGUUCUUGGAAAAUGAAGAUUCAGUUGGAACAGCAUUUGUCAUGGGUCUAGGUACUCAAUUAGAGUAUUUUUUUGGCAGUAUAAGUACUAUUAGCAGUAUUAUUAGUAUUAGGAGAGGCUCUGUUCCGGGAUGCGAGAUUGUUAAGGAUGAUAUUGUAUUGAAAAUUCCAAAGUCCGAAACUGAAAAUGAGAAUUUUUGUAUACUUCCAACUCAAUUAUUAUCUCAUUUGAAUCCUAAACCCAUUCAAUGCAAUCUUAUCUUGUUUCUGCAAACAUACUUGCUCUACAAUCUCUCCUCUGGACCUCUGGUGGCACGAGCUAGGGACCGACUUUGA